AUGAAUAUCAUAAAACAAUCAAGUCGGUGCGGCUCAGGCAGUCCGUGCGAGCAGCUCUGCCGCGAGCUCCACGACGGCACGUUCGAGUGCGGCUGUGCACCCGGCUUCGUGCUGCAUGUAGACGGCUACGGCUGUCUCGAGUUGAACUCAACCAAACCUUCAGAAACCUCACUAGACACCGAGGAAGAUGUCCUCUACCAAAAAGAUGUGUCAUUCUCGGCCGAGCUAGAAGUCGCCCCGUCCAUUACCAAUAGAGUAAAGCCUACACUAAGACCUAUUGAUAGAACAACGCCGCCUGUAGAAGAUAGAAGAACUAACCAGUAUACCGCAGAAAGGUCGAAAGAAGUUGAUGGACUGAAGAGCUUGAUAGAAGAUGGGGUUAGUCGGAAUGAUUUGACGAUCAUUGCUGAUGAGAAUAUUAAGAAUGGUUUGUUGGAGGCGAGUCAGAGUGUGACGACGCAAGGACCGAGCUUGGAGCAAAAAGUGCCGGACGCAACAGUGGCGCCACCAUGGACGGCGGCGGUGGAAAACUGCAACUGUGCCCCCUGCGAUGGCGCGCGCUGCUCCUGCCCGCUAUCGCCCUCCAAGUGCAAAGACACAAAAGUGACAACCCCGCGCUUCUCAGGCCACUCGUGGCUGGCGCUGCGCGCGCUCCGCGGCGCGUACAAGCGCGUGCGGCUGCGGCUGCGCGUGCGGCCCGAGCGCGCACGGGGUGUACUCCUCAUCACCGGCGAGCACGAUGACCUGUCGGGGGACUACCUCGCGCUGCUGCUGCGGAACGGGCACGUCGAACUCAGGUUCGACUGCGGCAGCGGCGCCGGCGUUCUGCGGUCCCCAGAGCCAGUGCGUCUCGGGCACUGGAACGUAAUCUCGGUCUACCGCCACCGGUGGGACGCUUGGCUCAGACUCAACAAUGGCAAGCGCGUGCGAGGACGGUCUAAGGGUCUCUUCUCCCGCAUGACGUUCCGCGAGCCAGUAUGGCUCGGCGGCGCUGGCAACACCACAGGGCUGCAAGACAAGCUCGGCCUGUCUGAUGGGCUGCUUGGCUGUGUUGACUUCUUGAGGAUCAACGGAGACACUUAUAGACUUGUGAAAGAUGCUGUAGCUACGCUGGAUAUCGCCGAAUGCGCGCCAACCCUCGCACCAUGGUCUCCAGAAACCACCAGCGAAACCAACCACGCAAUCUACGACAUAAACGACAUAGUGCACUUCGAGGACAAUGACCUGGUGAUGCGAGACUCGGCGAAGGAGCACAACCUGCUGGACAACUCGCUGGUGAAGAAAUGCGAGUGCGAGCACGGGGGCGGGUGCGUGGGGGGCGGGUGCCUGUGCCCGCUGGGGUACAAGGGCGCGCGGUGCGAGAUCACGCAGGACUUGAAGGUGCCACGUUUCAACGGAUCUUCGUAUUUGCGGCUGCCGGGGCUUGGCAACUCUGCUCUGUCGUGGCUCGAUAUUCAGAUAACUCUGAAACCGUCGAGCGGCGAUGGGCUGGUUCUCUACAACUCGGAGCACGCCAGUGGUGAUGGCGACUUCUUUUCCUUACAUCUGCGGGACUAUUUUGUGGAGUUCGCGUUUGAUCUUGGCUCUGGCAUAGCUCUUGUAAGGUCCGCGUACCCCCUGGCGCCGAACAGUUGGCACCGAGUAUCAGUGAGCCGAUCUGGACGCCGCGCGUCCUUACGUGUCCGCGCCACCUCACCACGCGACGUCACUGAUGCCACCAGAUCAGUGACGUCACACGGCACAGCGCGGCGCCUCUCGCUCCGGCAGCCGAUGCUGCUGGGCGGCGCGCCGCACCCAUUGCCCCCGCGGCUCGCGCUGCACGCCAGCUUCAGUGGCUGCGUUGGGCAGCUGGUAAUAAACGACGAGGAGCUGUCGAUUGUGGCGUCGGCGCUGGGCGGUGUCAACGUGGAUAACUGUGAUGACAACAAUGCAACAUGCACAGAAAAACUUUGUAAAGAGACCAUCGCGCACGUACCCUACCCGAAAAACGUGUCAGAAAACGAGAUCCACCAUUCAAUAGUGUCUAAAAAAGGCCCCAAAGCAAAGUUCUACAAAAUCAAGCCCAAAAAACAUAUACCACAUCUACACAAAGACUUGAAAAAGAAGAAAUAUAUAAAGAAACAUGAUUAUUUAAUGGAGAGAAAUAAUGAGAGAAGUAACGAUGUGGUUACUGGGGAUCCUGCGUAUGACGGACAGACAUACAUGCAAGUGAAGUACUUAGAUGCAAAUGAGAUUAAUUGGGGGGAUACAAAUACUUAUCCAAGUUUCAGCGGGAAGGAUAGCUUCAUUCAUAUUGAUGAUGAAGAAACUAUGAAGAGACUGCUGAGCUACACACUAGACAUCAACAUCCGGUUCCGGUCGGAGGCACCGGACGGGCUGCUAGUGUGGUCCGGGCGCGCGGCGCGCCCGCCGGGAGACUUCCUGUCUCUCGCCAUCGAGAACUCAGUGCUCGUGCUCAGGUACGACCUGGGCAGCGGGGAGGUGGUCAUCAUCGCCAAUCACACGAAGGUGGACGACGGUCUGUGGCAUCGAGCACGAGCUACAAGAAACAGACAAGCGGGUGUACUAGAAGUGGACGGUUUGGGAUCAGUCGGGAAAAUAUCUCCUGGCAAGCUCAAACAACUUAACACGGAGAACGGACUCUACAUAGGUGGUCUGCCGUCAAUAGAAAUGAAUUCCAUGGGCAAAUACAAGACCGGCCUCGUCGGCUGCGUCUCCCAAAUAUCGCUGAGCGGUGAUUUCGACAUCCCGCUGUCGCUGUCCAAGCUGCCCCACACAAUCACCAACAACGUCGGACGGUGCGCGCCAUAACAUUCCCAACCACAAACCAUUCGGUCGUGAGCGCAGUGAGUGAAUGGGUUAUUUCAGACAUUAAUUCACAAGUCAACCCAUUCAUUCAUUCGACAAAAUUGAAUGUGGUGAUUAGAUUUAUUGUUGGAGUGUAUGUUCAUUCAAAUGUUAAAUGGGUUUGUUUUAUUGUAAAGUGAAAUGGUUCGUGCAAAAACGUUGCUUAUAAAAUACAGUUUAGAAUUCACGAGUUUAAAUUGCACUUAAUGAACUAUUUCACUUCAUGAAUCGAUAUGAUAUAGAUGUAUUUAGAUUUUGCAUACAUUUACCAGAAUACCAAAUUGUACCUAAAUUUAAUUUCUAAACCGUUCAAUGGAUGACCAAAUUCACUUAAUAAUAAACUCCGUACAUAUCAAUGUAAAAAUAAAAUUUCGGAGGCAAUAAGAACAAUAUCUUCAAUUUUUAUAAUUGCCAUUAUAAUAGUGGAACGUCAGUUUUGACACGAGUGGAUAUUUAUGAAUACUAAAUAGUCAAUUUAGAAUAAGUAACUCAAUACUGAUGUACGGAAUAAUGUCCUUCCACGGUAUACUUUUGAAAUAUACUAUUAUUUUUCUAUUUUCUUCAAUUAUCAUUUCCCCGUGAAGAUGGGGUAACUUUUCAAAGUGCUUUACUAUCUAGUAGAUAUUUAAAGAAACUAUUUGUAACGUUAAUUAAAUAAAAUUCUAGUCGUACGAGUGGUUUGCAAGCAUUCAUUUAGUUUAUUUUACACAUUUUAUAAAGUUCGGUUCUAGCCAAUCACAAAAAUUUGUUACGAUGUGAGUGUAUUUUAUAAAUAGAUAAAUAAGUAUAAAUAGUGUUUGUAUAUCGGAAAAUUUUCAUAUGGGCAUGGGUUUAGAAGAUUGUAUGUAGACAAAGGAGCCAUAACAUAUGAAAGACGUUUCAUAAAAUAGGGAAACGUACUUUAAAUAUAUGUCUUAUUGGGAGCCAUGAUUGCCUCAGAGGGCUCAUUGCGAACCGUUGCCUGUCUGUCGCGAUUGCCUCUGUUUGUCGUGUCUGUUUAAAAUUCAGACCUACUGUGUGACAGAAGACAACAUGUCGAACUUGGUUAUCGGUAGGCCGUAGGCCCUCUACUGAGCUGAGCCUGCCCCUCUAUCCCUUGCCUAUGCAAAAGUAGAGUCAAAUAACGAAUUACAGAUAUUCGCGAUAGGUUUUUUACAAAAGUCCUACCAGCGGCACCUGGCGGUGAAAAGUGACAUUUCCCUGUUGUUUUCCCGAUUGGAAAGCUAGGUUUGUUUCGCGGUACACUUGCUUUGCUUUCGUUGGCCCCUGUAGCACCGCUCUAGUCCUAGUAUAGAAUAAUAUAUGAGUAGUAUAAAUUUAAAUGCGCUUUAUAACAUCAAAACCUUUGAUUAAAUAUUGUUUUGACGCGAGCAAAAUGGUAGCGAAUAUGCAGAAAGUAUUCUUGUUAGCCAUAGAAAAUUGCAAAAAAAAUACUUUAAGUAAGUACUAAAACGCCCAUUAAAUGGAAUUUAGCUGUAUAAUGUUUUUUUUUUAUUUAAAUUGGAAGAAAUAUUUAUAUUCACCAAUACUAUUCAAUUUACACCUAUAUAAUUUAAUUAUUACACAAGGGUGCUUUUUUGUAAUUAAAUUGUGUUUAAAUACAAUUAUUUAUACAAUUAUGUAUUAAUAAACCUAUAAAAUUACAAGUAGAUACCUACAUAAAUAAUCAUCUUGGCUUGCGUCAAAACAUAUUUAAAAAGCGAUCUAUUUUUACCCUACGAUACCCUUUGACGGGAUUUUUCCACGAAUAGGUUCAGUCAAUUAUAUAUUUCACAGGGUGUGAAAAAUUAUUUACAAAUACAUAUCUUUAAUUACGGUCUCUUUAUAUUUAUUUUCUUUGACUUUUAUAUGUAUAUUUGUUUUAUUUGGUGUUUGACUGCACAAUAAUUUAAUAGCAUAUCUUUAAUGUAAGAAAAACGUGAUUGCAUUUAGUUGUGUUAAUUAAAACUUUUUUACCAUCGCCCCCAUGCAUUUAGUUAGAGCCAUGUAUUCAUUUAUAGCAAAAAAAAAACAGAAGUUAGUACGUAGCUUACUUGUACAGAAAAUUUACCGUACUGUACCUUACAAAAUAAUGACUGCUUUUACCAAUGUUUUGUACCUGUAUGGAAAUGUAUCGUUAAUUUUAACUAAAACUAUAAAGUAGUCCUACUUGUGACAUAUAGCUUGUUUAGCAUUAGUUUUGUAUGUGAGACCUGUCCGAUGUAUUAUACGCCGUUAUUUGUACAAAAUUAUAUCAAUAAAAUAUAAUAAAAAA